UUGAUUUUUAUUUUUACUCUUCGUGCUGGGCAAUAGCUACUCAAUAUGACACUAUAGCAACAGGAUUGAUGUCGUUCGGACACAACAUGAACAAAAUAAAGGAACAAAAUCAAAUGUACGAAGACUUGAAAUUAAUCAUUUUGGAUUGUCAAAGGUUGCAUUUGUAUACGAAAGAAUUUUACACCGUAGUCCGACGCAUAGCAUUACUACAGAUUGUUGUUUGUUCCUGUUCGCUGAUAACUGGCUGUUUUAUCAUAUCAUUGCAAUUGGUGACGCGCUCAUACGAUCUUAGGAGUUUAUUGCAAUUAAUUAGUAUAUGUGUAGCUGCUGGUGUAAAUCAAUUUAUGUACUCAUAUUUUUUGGAUAAAAUUAACGAGAAAAAAGAUGGUGUGAAUUUCGGAUUGUACAGUUGUGAUUGGACAGCAAUGGAUAUUCGCUUUAAAAAGUUGUUACUCUUAGCAAUGGCAAUGAACAAUGCGAACCAACUUAAAUGUAAAGCUACCCCGAAAAAAGUCGUCAACCUGGAGUUAUUUUUGAGUACUUUACGUGUGUCGUAUACGAUAGUGUCAGUUAUGUUGAAUGUUCAGUUGAAGAGUUUAGACGAUAUUAAUUAACUAUCGUCGCUUAACAUCACCAGGCGGAAACCAGUCUAGUUUGCUUAAUUUUCAUCAAGCACUUUUCAAAGCAUAAA